AUGGAGUUUACGUGGUAUGAGACCCGCAAGAUAGCCGUUCUCGUGAUUUACACUCAACAAAACGAAGGAGAUCGCCAAGCCAAGCAAGAAGAAGGCGGAGUACGUGUUACAAUUGGAGAUUCCACUCUCUUCAUUGAGAUAGCCCAUCAAUUUAUUCUAGACAAAGUAGUUAACUACCAGCAAAAGAUGGAGGUCAUUCUUAAUAAGCCCAAAUCAGAGAAAUGGGAGGAUUUAGUCCCCAAACCCAAAGAGUUCGAAAGACUCCCAGAAAUACAAGAACCCGAAAAGACUCCCGAGUACACACACGACCCCGUUAUGAACAUGUUAAUGGGAGUCUAUGACCGAGCCUCACCCGAAGCCAAAAGAGAAAUGAACCGUUCCUACAUUGAAUCCGGCGGCCAAGAAAUCAGAACAACUCCAGAAGAAGAGAUCAGAAAACGAACAGCAUAA